GAAUGCCCAAGGAAAAGUACGAUCCACCUGAUCCACGGAGGAUGUACACAAUUAUGUCCUCAGAAGAAGCAGCGAAUGGAAAGAAAUCACAUUGGGCAGAGUUGGAAAUAAGUGGAAAAGUAAGAAGCUUAAGUUCAUCGUUGUGGUCGCUGACCCAUUUGACAGCUUUGCAUCUCAGUGACAAUUCCUUAUCCCGUAUUCCUUCAGACAUUGCCAAGCUUCACAAUCUGGUAUACUUGGACCUGUCCUCUAAUAAAAUCCGCAGUUUACCAGCAGAGCUCGGAAACAUGGUGUCACUCAGGGAACUCCAUUUAAAUAACAACCUGUUACGAGUUUUACCUUUCGAGCUGGGAAAACUGUUCCAGUUACAGACGUUGGGUCUGAAAGGAAAUCCACUUACACAGGAUAUUCUGAACCUCUAUCAGGAACCAGACGGAACACGAAGGCUACUGAAUUAUUUGCUUGAUAAUUUGGCAGGUACUGCAAAAAGAAUUUCAACAGAACAGCCACCUCCAAGAUCUUGGAUUAUGUUGCAAGAACCAGACCGAACAAGACCAACAGCCUUGUUUUCUGUCAUGUGUUACAACGUACUUUGUGAUAAAUAUGCUACCCGGCAGUUAUAUGGCUAUUGUCCAUCAUGGGCACUGAACUGGGAAUACAGAAAAAAAGCCAUUAUGCAGGAAAUUUUGAGCUGCAAUGCUGACAUCAUAAGUCUUCAGGAGGUUGAAACCGAACAGUACUACAGUUUCUUUCUAGUAGAACUGAAAGAGCGUGGCUAUAAUGGGUUCUUCAGUCCGAAAUCUAGAGCCAGGACAAUGUCAGAACAAGAAAGAAAACAUGUUGAUGGUUGUGCAAUAUUUUUCAAAACAGAAAAAUUCACUUUGGUUCAAAAACAUACUGUUGAGUUUAAUCAACUAGCUAUGGCAAACUCAGAAGGGUCUGAAGCUAUGCUGAACCGAGUUAUGACAAAGGAUAACAUUGGAGUUGCUGUACUGCUAGAGUUGCGAAAAGAAUUGAUAGAAAUGUCAUCUGGAAAGCCACAUCUUGGGAUGGAGAAGCAGCUAGUUCUUGUAGCUAAUGCACAUAUGCAUUGGGAUCCUGAGUAUUCUGAUGUGAAGCUGGUUCAGACUAUGAUGUUCCUCUCUGAGGUAAAGAACAUUAUUGAUAAAGCCUCUCGUAGUCUCAAACCUGGUGUUUCGGGAGAACUUGGAACCAUUCCACUUGUACUGUGUGCAGAUCUCAAUUCUCUGCCAGAUUCUGGUGUUGUUGAGUACUUGAGCACUGGUGGCGUGGAAACAAAUCAUAAAGAUUUUAAGGAACUGCGAUACAAUGAAAGUCUGACUAACUUCAGCUGUAAUGGGAAAAAUGGAACAACGAAUGGAAGGAUCACACAUGGUUUCAAGUUGAAGAGUGCCUAUGAGAAUGGCCUAAUGCCUUACACAAAUUAUACGUUUGACUUCAAGGGUAUUAUUGACUACAUCUUCUACUCUAAACCUCAGCUAAACAUACUUGGCAUUCUUGGACCUUUGGAUCAUCAUUGGUUAAUAGAGAACAAUAUAAGUGGUUGUCCACAUCCACUCAUCCCUUCUGACCACUUCUCACUUUUUGCACAACUGGAGCUUUUGCUGCCUUUCCUGCCCCCGGUAAAUGGAAUCCAUCUCCCAGGCAGGAGGUAGUCAAGUACAUCUUAGAGGGUAACCUCAAUCAAACUUGUAAAAUUGUAAAAUCUGAAUAUAGAGGAGUGAGGUAUGGCCAACAGGGAUUUUUCUUAAUGAUCUUAAUUUUAAAUCUAAUUAUUUGAUAAAGAUAUAGUAAAAGCCAGGUGCUAUCAACAGACACAAUUCUGAGCCCAAUAUACUUUGUAUACUGUUAGACAGGGAUUGGUGCAUUUGCGCCUUUCUUUAAUUUGUAACAAUUAAUCUUCCUGUUUGUUCUAUCCAACGUGACAUUUUUCAUGCCUUGAAAUAGGGAAUUAUUAAACAAUAUAUUCUCUUUGCACAGAUAUCUGUAGCACUACUUUUUUGAGGCCAGUAGUAACAUCCGGAGAACAUUCUUCCGUACUUCACUCCCUCCUUUUUCAGACUUGUUUGUAAAAUACAGAAUUUGAAUUUAGCCUUUAUUGAUUGUAUAUGAACAACAGAAGACCUGAUUUAUGAGAUUUUGUACUUUAAAAAAAAUCAGAUUUGGAAAAUGAUUGUAUUGUAAACUAAGGCUAAAUUUUUAUGUUUUCAUGUGUUAUAAAGGCCAGCUUGUAAAAGAAGUUGCAACAGGUUUUCUCUGCUAAUGAUUUGCACUGUUAGGGUUUUGUUAGCCCUUUUGUACUACUUUUUAUUUUCAAUUGAGAACACUGCUUUUUAAACCUGAAUCUGUAAAAUGUUACAAAUAUUACCGAGUACAUGCAUUUCUGGUUUUCUAACUUAAAAACCUAAGUUCUUGAAGAACAGAUAAGCUAAGCAGUGAACAAUGAGUAGAUCUGUGUGGACUGAAAACUCUCAUUGAUGUGUAUUCAUCUAAUCUUUUUUUUUAAAUCUCGUAAUUUUAAGUAAAACUAGGGAUGUUUGUGUAAAGCUUAAUUUCUCUUGUCAGUACUACUUGUCCUAUCUCCACUGUGCCUGCUUCAAUUUGUUCUCAACUAGCACUGCCUGUGCAUGCAGAGAGAACCUGUUCAUCUUCUUUUAUCUUUUUUAAAUAAUGUUAACACUUGUGAAAAUUUUAUGAAGAUACUUUUGUAUAAGCUGUGGCAUCUUGUUUUCCUUUGUGAAGCAUUGAAAAUCACACUUUUUUGAACAUGUUCAGAUUAUGGGUACAUAGUUUCUAGCUUCUAAUACCUAUGCACUGCUUCUCUGUGUCAUUGCACAGUGCUUUUUUCCACUAAGAAAUGCUAUCAUGUGAAUCCUCUUCAGUUUAAGUAUGUUUCUCAGUCUCAGAGUAAAAAAAAAAAAAUUACAUUUUCAGUUUAUGAAGCAGUGUAAAUUAGAUGCUUUUUCAGUACAGGUCCCCAAGACAAUUCUUCAGAUCACUUUUAAAGUGUCCAACUCAUAUUUUAAAGUGUCAAGUAAGACUUAAAGUUGUAGUAUAUCCUCAGUGCCAUUAGUCUCAUACAGCCAAGUAUAUAACAGCUAGCAAAUAUAACUCGUCUUUCUGUCCUAAAAGGGAGAAUUUAUCUACUCCUUAACUAAUACAGCUUCAAUUAUCAAUGUAACGAAUUGAGAAAGAGAGCUUGGUCUAACUGCUUUUGUUUCAACUGCGGGCAGGGAAGCAAAAGGACACUGAGCAUUAAAGGAAACGUUUUUGAAUAGUGUGCAUUUUUUUUUUGUAUACACAACAUGGAUUUUGGUAAUAAUGAUUCUAAAUUUUAUGAAAGAGAAGUCAGCACUUAAAUGUGCACAAACCAUUCUGUUUUAAACAAAAUUGAAAAUUACAGAUAGUUCAGAUAUGUAAAAUAUGUGUUUUAAAUUUUAGUAGGAGAAAUCUUGAUCUUGAAUCCUUGUCUGGGACCUGAUUCUUUUCUUGUUUUGUUUUUUAGUUGUGCAAACACCAAACAUGUCCAGUUUAUAAUCAGUACAUUGAAAUGCUGGUAGUGUUGAUGUAGUAGACUUAAUGCGUAGUGUUAUUUUUUUCUGUUUGUUUUUUUGGGUUUUUUGUAAAGUGUGAAUAAAAAGUGUUUUACUCAUGUUUCCUUAACAAUGUGUUGGUAAUGUGCAUCAUGACAAUUUCCAGUGAUGACUUGCUAAAUUGGCACGUCAAACUGAGCAAACUCUUUAUUUUCCUGAUGAUCUGGAUUAUAUAAUGGGUCCAGAAAGCUUUACAGAAGGGGAAGGGAAGCACUUAUUCAUUUUGUAUUUCUUAGAGGGGAAUAAUUUACUUAAAUAGAUGCUGGAGCUUGAGUGCACUUGUUAGAUUCUAAAGGUUUGAGCUUUACACAAUACAUUUUUCACCUGUAUUUGUUAGUCUUAAAUAUAUUUGAAUUUAUGGCAGCAUAUUAAAACUUUUAUGAUAUAUUGUGUCUUUGGAGACUAGUGUUCUUAACUAGACACAUUGCAAUCUGUGAAUUACUUUUGAAUAACUUUUUCUCCACCUUUUUAGAUGAAGCCUUCAGGCCAGCCCAUUGAAUGCAAUGAACAGGUUUCAUUGACCUCACUGGGUUUGAAACACUUAUAAGAGUGGCUCUGAGGCCUACUAAAGGAGAAAUAUUUUGAAUAUAUAGGAAAAGACCAGAUGCGCCAAAACUGAACCAAGGUAAACUUUUAUCAAGCAAUUUUAAAAGAGAAUAUUUUCUUGUGUCAAACAAAUCUAACUAAAACAUCUCAAUUUCCAGCUAUAACAAACAAAAUAAUGCAAUAAACCAUCUGCCUUCACUAAAUGCAGAAUGUUUGCUUUGUAAAUGCUCUACAAUAUGAUUAUUUGCAAUACUUUUAUUUUAAGGUGGCUUUGGAUGUUGCCAUAAUAUACCUUCAGUGUUCUUGUUGUAAAAAUACAUAGCGAAAGUCAGAAAACAUUGGUGAGUUUGAGGGAUUUCAUUCAAGUUAUAUCGGAUAUUCUGGGGCAGUUUUUGCCACUUGAAAAAGUACUGUCUGCCAUACCUUGUGUAGUUCUUAUUUACACACACACACAACAGUUCUGUGCAUCUAAAUUUUAAUUUGUGGUAUUUCUUAAACUAAAGAAGUGGAAACAAAUACAAAGCAUCUACAUACAUAUUGCAGCUUCUUAACAUAAAGAAGUAGGCAAUAAAAAAUCUCCAGGGGAAGGUGUUUGUAAUUAUUUUGUCCCUUUGGUGACUUCAAAACAUUUUAAAUUGGCUAGCAUUUUGACAAUAAAACCAAUUUACUUUUACAGCUACAGUUUGCAUACAACUCUGAUCUAAUGUUAACAAAUGAGGUUUUUUUUAUAAAUUCAUCUAGGAUUUGUGCUUAGAAAAGUAGCUUUAAGGUGUCAGGUUUGCUUUUUAGCCAUGCAAUAAAAGAAACUAUGUUAAAGACAGAAUAAUUACAACAUUUAAAAGAAACUCAUUACAAUGUAAAACUUACAGCUGUUUCAAUUAACUGCUUUAGUAGUGAGCCUUUUUCAUCCAGCCGGACACAGUAUUUUUAGUAUGUUAACUGCUUUUUUUUCCUUUGGUUGCAUAAAUUUUAACACUUAAGUGUCUUGGAAUGUUAAGUAGUGUCCAAAAUAGAAUAUCUUAGUCUUUAUUCACAGUACUUCUGUAUAAUGUGUAAUGCACUGGACUAACUCUUGUUUACCAUUCAUGUAACAAAAACCAGCACAUUAUCUGCACUAAGCUCAAAGAAUGUUGCAUUUGUCUAUAGGCAGCUCUUCAAUAAGAUAAAUGGGAAACUGAAUAUGGUCUGAUGGUAAACAAGGGCUUUUACUGUUCUCUUCAGUGGAACUUUCUUCUUGGUCAAAUUUUAACUAGCUAGUAUUAUAUUUAUAUAUACAGGGUCUUCUUUUUUUCUUUACCAAUGUAUUUUCCUACUCAUAGCUGACCAAUAAAUCCAAUAUCUGUUUCAAAA